GUCAAUGUCAUCCACCACCAUCCACUCCUCCUCAGCCAAGUGAAGAGUCUCUCUUCCUACACCAACUUUCAGUCAGCUUUCUUCGCGAAGAGUUUGACAGAACACAUCCCAUGACGGCCCCGGUUCUGCUCCGUUUUGCGCCCUCUCCUACUGGCGCUCUGCACCUCGGCGGACUCAGGACUGCUUUGUAUAACCACCUCUAUGCACGCAAGUUAGGCGGAAAGUGGAUACUUCGAAUCGAAGACACAGACGCUACACGUUAUGUACCCGGGUCGGUAGACGGCAUACAACAGGCGCUGAGUUGGGCAGGUCUCGACUAUGACUUCGGACCGGAAAGACAUGGAUCUCACGGCCCUUACUUCCAGAGCGAGAGACUGGACUUGUACCACACACACACCCGGAAGCUGCUUGAUUCAGGUCAUGCAUAUCGCUGUUUCUGUAGCCCAGAUAAACUCUCAAGCACACGCGAGCGUCUAGCGCGUACUGGCUCCAAUGCAACGUACGACAAGGCGUGUCUUCAUCUGACCGAGGAAGAGGUUGCACGAAAGGUUAAAUCAGGCGAGAAGCACAUCGUGCGGCUCAAUGACGAUAACCUGCCCUCCCGACCUCCAGCACACGAUAUAGUCUUCACACACCUGCGCGACGCACACGCCUCCCUCCCUACCGACCCAGUUCUACUCAAAUCCGACCUUUUCCCAACGUACCACCUCGCGAGCGUCGUUGACGACAACGCAAUGGGCAUCACGCACGUCCUCCGUGGCGAAGAGUGGCUCCCUUCCUUGCCACUGCAUCUCGACCUAUACGCAGCACUCAAGUUGGAACCACCAAAGUUUGCGCAUCUCCCAAUUUUACUGAACCCCGAUGGUAGCAAGAUGAGCAAACGCAAGGGUGACGUGCGCGUAGAGGAAUUCAUAAGGAGAGGAUGGGAGCCCGAAGCCGUGCUGAACUGGCUGGCGCUCGCAGGGUGGGGAACGGCGCACGAGAGCGCGAGCGGAAGCGGAAGCGAAGCAGGGACGGAGUCGGACUCAAGCUCGUCGACUAACAUCGCCGACGCGGCACCCGAAAGCACCCGCACAAUGACCCUCCCCGAGCUCAUCGACUCCUUCGACCUCACGCACCUCACGCACCGGCGUAACGUCCUCGACCCAUCUAAGCUCUCCUAUCUAAACAAGCACCACCUCAUGCGCUUUUGGCGCUCGUCCGCCCCCUCCGAUCCCUCUGGACCUCUCAUGCAGCAUGCGCACUCACUCGUCCCCGCGGUACGCGACGCGUUCCCAGGCGUGAUGAGGGACUUCGCGGAUGCGCCAUAUAUUGCAAAGGUGAUAGGGGCCCUCCAGGGUAGGAUAACGAAUCUGCAAGAUGUCCCUGGCUUGGCACCGUUUUUCUUCGUGGAGCCGGAGUAUGAGAGCACCGAGGCGAAGGGGAUGCUCAAGAGCAUUAACGGGGAGGUCUACGAUAACAUCGUAGCUCAGGCUGCAUCAUCAGUGUCCGCGCUUUCGGAGGAUGUCAGCCCGCGGGAAGUAGCGGAUGCGUUGCAUAAGCAGCUUGACCAGAUGGGCGUGAAGCCCAAGGCAUAUAUGACUGUUCUUAGGCAUGCACUCUCCGGGAUGAAGACUGGCCCGAGUGUACCUGAGAUCGUAUGCGUUCUUGGUAUCGAGAGAGCGGCGACUAGGCUGGAGCGCGCUCAGGGGCUGGCUGACGAAGCCUGAGCCUCUUCUAGGCGAAACACCACGAUAUUCCAGUACGCUACUUAUCUAGUCGAAGUUAAUCGCAAAACACCACUUUCUUGAACAUCACGCCGCCGUGUGCCCGAACGCGCUCAUGAAGGUUAUACCCCAAAAAGCUGGCCACCGGAACGUUGCCGGUGCUUCUCCUUCAUGCUGCCAAACCUUAUGAUCGGAAGAAUGCCACAGACAUACUCGCCCCUUGUCGGCAUUUCCAAGUCUAUCCAGUGGCUCUCAUGAUACGUUC